AUGUGCUUCAAUCGUCAAAAAUAUGUUUAUCCCAUGCGAGCACGAAGUGAAAUUUAUAUACCGAUUGGAGAUUUCAAUGAAGGUCCCUUACAUUUUGAGAGUGUCAGUCAGGUGGGCUUGAAUUCUGAUGCCAUUACUGCAGAGCAAAAGCUCAAAAUAAGAGAGUAUGUCGAGGAAGUGGUAGCCAAGCUAUUAGGCGGUUCGCUGGACCAAAUACGCGUUAGUCAACUGUCAAAAAGUGAGAAUUAUUUACAUCUCUUUGAGAAAUAUCAUUCAAAAUUGAGCAACGUUUUUAUUAAUUUGGAAAAUGAGUUAAGCAACAAAGCUCUAAAUGGAGACCUUCCUGGCAUCGUAAAUAGCCAAGUUGUUCCUCAGUCUACGCUAAAUUUAAAUAAUGACCAAAGCAAUAACAACUCAAAUGUUCAUAUUCCAUCCGAACUUCCGGAACUUUCACAAACGCGUCUGCGUCAGAUGAUUGAAUCAAUCAUUGCGGAAACGUUGCAUAUGCCACCAUUAGCGAAUGGAAGUGUGUCGGAAAUUGCGCUCAAUAAGGAUACUCGUAGUAAUGGUAGCGAGAAUAACUUGCUAUUAGAAAAUGGAAGCAUGCGUCUUCGUCAUCGGCAUCGCACAGAGCAUUACUUCGAGCCAAAGAUCUAUCAGGAUUUGCUGGCCACAGCCGUGUUAAAUAAGAUCGCUGACAAGGAAGGCAACAUCCGCCAAUUUUCGGAGAGCACACCUGAUCUGAGCUCAUGCAACAUUGGCACGAACUUUAAUGUGGAGAACCGAAGCACCUCCUCCGGAAGUUCAGUAGAGCCGCGAAGUGAUUUCAGCUAUACCGAUACCGAACAACUACCAAAAAUCAGUAAAGAUGCUGGGAGGGAGUCAGCGCUAAGCGAUUACAUAGCUGCUCAUACCGUUCCAUUACCUGAUUUAUCAGCAGCAGUUACUGAAUCUGAAGAGGAUGAUCACGCUUCGAUAUCUUCAAGCAUACUUGCUGAAGGUACUUGGGAAGAUAAUUGGCUCUUUAAAAAGAAGCGAUCUUCUUUAACAGCCUCCAUGACUGGCAGUGUUGGUAUGCUAGUACCUGCACCAAAAGAUGAUGUACGUGCUCAAAUAGGUGAUAAGACCACUGACGAAAUCAGUGAUCUCUCCGAAAUGGGCUCAGAUACAGACGAUUCUUCAUUAAAAAUAGUACGAACCAAUUUAGAUCCGCUAAACGACCGAAUACUGAAUAAACAUUUGAUUGGUGGUCAGAAUACGAAAGUAGUUUUAGAUGAAUUGAUUGAAACAGCUAGCUUGAUUUCAAAUACAACACAGUCAGUCGAUGAACCCAAGUAUGCUAAAACAAGGAACAAAUACGUUGUAGAAGCAGCUUCUAAAAUUAAAGCAAUUAACCCAAAUGUUACCAAACACUCAGUUCAGGAAGGUGAAACUAUUUUGGAUAAUCCGGAAACAGAAAGAGAACAGAAUUCAUUAUCAGGUAAGAGGAAACUGAACCCAAACCACGUAAUCGAUACAUGA